UGGAAGCAGUACCUGGAGGGAACCUGCGUGGAGUGGCUGCGCAGAUACGUGCAGUACGGGAAGGCCGAGCUGGAGAGGCGAGAGCGGCCCGAGGUGCGAGUGUCGGGGAAGGAGGCCGACGGGAUCCUGACCUUGUCCUGCCGCGCUCACGGCUUCUACCCGCGGCCCAUCGCCAUCAGCUGGAUGAAGGACGGCGCGGUGCGGGACCAGGACACGCACUCGGGGGGCACCGUGCCCAACGGCGACGGCACCUACCACGCCUGGGCCUCCAUCGAGGCGCUGCCGGGGGACGGGGACAAGUACCGGUGCCGCGUGGAGCACGCCAGCCUGCCCCAGCCCGGCCUCUACUCGUGGGACCGGGAUGGCGGAUCCAGCAGCUCGGCCACAGGGAGCGACCGCGCCACCUGAGUGCUGUGCUUCAGCCUGCGAGGGGCCGGCCGGCCCUGCCAGCAUUGGGUGUCGGCGAUGGAUGUGACCCCGUCAUCUCAACCUCUCACGUCUCCCUGUGCUUCCUCUGCUGCCCAUGAUGUUUUGCCUGCACCUCUUCCCACAAAGUGAUUUGCCGCACGACUUCUAUGAUUCAGUGAAAUAAAGCCUGGCAGUGAUGGGCUGCUCUGCGCUCAG